CCAAGCGGGUGACAGACUGGAGGCACCUGUCCGGGACUGCUCCUGCGUCCGCCCAGAGUCCGCCCCGCCCUCCGGCUUGCUGCCUGGCCGUGGGGUACGGAGCAAGGCGGGGUGGGGCGGGGACCGCCGCUCUCCCAGGCACGUGGGCCCCUGCGCUGCUGGGCUUGGGACUCGGGAACCAGGAAUCGCGACUGUGGCUUUUGGAGGGGACCAGCGCAUCGCGGAGGUGAGGUGGUCAGCCUAGAGGGGAACGGAAGCCGGAGAGGUCGCCGCCGGGUGCGGCCUGGGAACUGGCACUACAGUCGACUCAGCGCCGGACAGGAGAGCCCAUUACGUGAUUCUGUCCCGUGGGCCCUGGCUCCCAGCCCCGAUACUGAACAAAACUGGAUGGUGAGAGCCGGCCGAGCUGCCGGCACGCUAUUGAACUUUGUCUCCUCUGGAUCUUGGGCAAUGGCAGCAGACGUGGACUCCUGGAAUAGCACCAUCAAUGGCACCUGGGAGGGGGAUGAACUGGGCUACAAGUGCCGCUUCAACGAGGACUUCAAGUACGUGCUGCUGCCCAUGUCCUACGGCGUGGUGUGUGUGCUCGGGUUGUGCCUGAACGUUGUGGCUCUUUACGUCUUCCUGUGCCGCCUCAAGACCUGGAACGCCUCCACCACUUACAUGUUCCACCUGGCCGUUUCUGACUCUCUUUACGCAGCUUCUCUGCCGCUGCUGGUUUAUUACUACGCCAAGGGGGACCACUGGCCGUUCAGCACAGUGCUCUGCAAGCUGGUGCGUUUCCUCUUCUACACCAACCUGUACUGCAGCAUCCUCUUUCUCACCUGCAUCAGUGUGCACCGGUGCCUGGGUGUUUUGCGCCCUCUGCACUCCUUGCGCUGGGGCCGCGCCCACUAUGCCCGCCGUGUGGCUGCGGCGGUGUGGAUUCUGGUGCUGGCCUGCCAGGCACCGGUGCUCUACUUUGUCACCACCAGUGUACGGGGGACCCGCAUCACCUGCCACGACACCUCGGCCCGAGAGCUCUUCAGCCAUUUUGUGGCCUACAGCUCGGUCAUGUUGAGUCUGCUCUUCGCUGUGCCCUUUUCCAUCAUCCUUGUCUGUUAUGUACUCAUGGCGCGACGGCUGCUCAAACCGGCUUAUGGGACCACAGGUCUGCCUCGGGCCAAGCGCAAAUCUGUGCGCACCAUUGCCCUGGUGCUGGCCGUCUUUGCCCUCUGCUUCCUGCCUUUCCAUGUCACCCGCACCCUCUACUACUCCUUCCGAUCGCUUGACCUCAGUUGCCACACCCUCAAUGCCAUCAACAUGGCAUACAAGAUCACCCGGCCAUUGGCCAGCGCCAACAGUUGCCUUGACCCUGUGCUCUACUUCCUGGCAGGGCAGAGACUUGUCCGUUUUGCCCGAGAUGCCAAGCCACCCACAGAACCCAUGCCCCGUCCCCAGGCUCCCCAGGCUCGUCGCAGGCUGGGCCUGCACAGGUCUCACAGAACUGACACAGCCAGGAAAGAUGUGUCGAUCAGCAGUGAUGACUCAAGACGGACAGAGUCCACUGCAGCUGGGAACCAGACUAAGGACAUUCGACUAUAGGUCGGAGCCCUCAGGCGUUCUCGUGUUCACGUGAAUGGGCCGAUGUCCUCCGAUGCGGAUCGUCAGCGAUUCUCAUUUGGCAACAGCUCAGAAUACUCAUCCUGUGGACCCCAAAGUUAUCUGUGUGAGUCAGGAAAUCAUACUUUAAGGAAGGCAUUGACACCUGACUCCCAUGCAGACAGCUGCCAUUCCUGCCAAGUUUGGGGUUCAGGAAGGCUGUUUCAGCCUCAUAAAUCCAAGGGAGACGCAAGCCCAGAGAAGACGCCGCAGAAUCCAAGCUAGCUACCUGAAGUAGAGUGGGAUCUCGUAAGUGAGCAGCGCUGAGUCCCCAUCGUCGCUUGAGAUGGAAUUGGCACUCCAGUGGACUCGGCUCAAAGGAAAGACCCUCAGACCAAGAGACAAACACCUGUGGACUGAUUUCAGAUCCAUCUGGAGGCUCCCCUGGAAGCCGGGUAGAAACGGUAACUUAUAUCAAAGAUCGUGCCGCCUGUCGGGCUGUGCUCCUCCGCAUAAUGAGAGGACAGGGCCUGGCCAGGGAAGCAUUCCUCACUCAUGCAAAGGCUAGUUAUUUCUGACUACUGUCUUCCGGAAGUUUCUGUCAGGGAUCCCUCUUCAGACCCCCAGGUCAGCCCUGCUUUUAAGCCUCCUGUCUUCUCUAUUGUACUUUGCCAAGCACGGAGAAGAGUCAAGUAGGGGUCUAGUUCUUGGGGUUUCUCAGUUCACACAACUUGACACGUGCUGGUAAAUGUCAAACCAUUUAACUGAGCUGGGAAGGAGCCCUUUAUUUAUAGCACUGCCAAUUCUUGUGGGGCAAGAAGCCCCACCGUGGCCAGUCAGAUUUCAACUUCCAAUUACCAGCACAAUGGCAGCCUCUGCAAAAUUCCUAAAAAUUUUGUGGGGAGUGGGAAGUUAGCGUUGCUGGUUAGAUGGGAUCUCAGGUAACCAUUGGUGGCCUCAGAUUUGCCGUGUAGCUGAAGCUAAGCUCCAAGUCCCUACCCUCUUGUCUUCAUCUCCCAAGUGCUUGAACUACAAGCAGAUACCACAUCUAUCCCAACAACUGGUUCUUAAAAGCAGGUGCAGGGUACUUCAUUACAAACCACACUGUGUAGCUAGGACUGUGUGACCCCUGGUCAGGGAGGGUUCCCUAGAAUGCCAGGAAGUGGACAGGCCAGCUCUGGGGUUUAGGCAGGAACAGACACAGUUGACAGGUCUCACUUGGCCUCAGGGACAGGAGGUCCCCGUCUCCCCAUCUCACCUUGUCUGCCCCCUAAAUCUCCACCCUCCCCUCUCUGCCAUUAAAGGGGAGGCAUCCCCACUUUCUCUUUGUGCAUUUUGUUGGUUUGAGAUGUUGCUCAGAAUAACCUGGAAUUCCUGGGCUCAAAGGAUUCACCUCAGCCCCCAUGUAAAUGGUUUAUAAGUAUCUGUUUAUACAGCUUACCUCCAGAGCGCCCUCAAGUGACAAGGCCGGGACCCAAGGUAUUCUGCAUUAUGUGUGUAGUUUGGCGUCAUCUGCCCAGAGUAGUGUGAGAUGCUCACUUCCCACACUCUGGGUUCACACUACAGUUAGAGACCUGGAGUCUGAGCUUUGGUGACUUCCACUGACUGUCCUGGGUCUUCCUGCAAUCCAGAUCCUUCCUCCAGAGAAACAGACCUGUGCUGAGACCGCUGCUGUCACUGUGGUUGGGGAUAGGACCGUUUUCACCACCGACCAGAGCCCCCUUAGUUUCCCUUCUCCCCCGUAGCUGCUCUAGAGACCACAGAACUCAGCCCCCAGGAUAGAGACCACACUGUCGUGCCCCCAGGAAGCUUUCUUUGAACCGCUGCGUGCAGAUUCCGGAGGACACAGUCUAGGGGACAGGAAGGGCUCUCACCACCUAGUUCUGUGGCAGCCACUGGUAGUAGUGGAACCAGGGGGCUAGGCCUGUAGUCCUACAUCCAGGAACCAAUCAGACUGCUGUACACAUCCAACCUUGUUGCCCAGGGUCCAGGUCCCUUGCCUGGCGGUUAAGGAUUCGUGACCCAUCUGCCUUGUGCUAUUUUCAGCCCAAGUUAAGACCAAGAUUUUCCAUCAACCCCAGACCAUUAUCCAGCAAUGACGUGAGGUGACCUGUCUAUCCUCAAAAUAUCUCUUCUUACCCUCUGGGCCUCUCUGCCCACUUCCUACCCUGAUGACAUGCCCUAGGGUUGCUGACUCCUGGAGGCCACCGCGAAAGGGCACAGGAGACACCCAGCCACUAGACAAAAGCCCAGCUGCAGACUCAAAACCAGAGGGGGAGGGAGCCUGUCCAAGGUCAGUGGGUAGGCCAGUGCAGUUCCUGGGCGUCGGCCAGGGGCUCGGGCUGUUCCUGUUGCUGUGCCACCCCUCCAGAAUAGGUCAGUGACUUCGUGAAUGUCCUGCAUCCCUUGUACUGCCCAGCUCCUCCUCCCAGAGCUGGAGAAUUGCGACCAGGGACUUAACGCAGGAGAACUAGGAGGUGGCAAGCUGACCAAAAAAGGGUGAAAGCAUGCUAGUCUCUAUAGCUGCUGUUCUCAGUGAACACCAUGUGACAGGAAUGAACCCUCGGACCUGGGUGUCCCUGGAGGACACUGAUGCCCUUGUCCUGUGAGAUCAGAAAAGAUCACAGACAACAUGUCUCAUUGUUCCAGUGGGUGCGUGUCCAGCCCAUGCCAGCCCUGUGCUACAAUCAUGGUGGCAGAUUUGGACUGGUCUGUUUAGAACGGGUCAUAGGGUCUACAGCCCAUAUGGUGGACUGUGUCUCAGGCACCGAGCGAGACUCACACAUGACUUAUUUAUCCUUCACAGCCAGUCUGUGAGGUAGAUAUUAUCAGUGCCGCUUAACAGCAGACGAGGCAGGAGCCAGAAAUUGGAGUUGCAGGUAAUACAGCCAAGGGUGACUGAGUCAAGAAAAAGUUCGGAUCUCCAGAGGUCCCACAUGUCACAGUGCAGGAGAGUCGAUCAGUGCUCAUUCUCCUGACUCAGGCCCAGACAGUGUAGUGGGAAAGGGAGCAGCUCCCAGGUUUGGACCAAUUGCUCCGUCUCACAGCACCUCACUUAGUCAUCUCAAUGAGAUACAACUGCCCACACAGGCUCGUACCUGGGCACACACACACACACACACACACACACACACACACACACCCCACUUAGUCCAGCGCCUGCCACACAGAAAAAGCUCCAUGCGCACAGUGCCAGGGACAUGAGAUAAGCCCUUGGACCCAGCCUUCCCAGAGUUCAGUCAGCAAGUGCCUGGGUCCCUUUUGCUCAGAAAUCCUGAGACCAAAAUUCCUACCCCACAGGCUGUGAAAGAAAGGAUGUAGGUCCAUCUAGGGGAAAGUGCGAUUCAAUUCCACCCGCUUGGCACUGGGUAGCCUCUAGUGCACAGGCCUAUGUGUGCUUCCAGACCCUUGCCUUGGGAAGAACAGAUAGUGAGGUGGGGCAGAGGAGAGAGCCUCUCCCCACACAGUGUAGGCUUGGCUGUAUAUGCCUGACUGCUUGUGCCCACCAUGCUAGUCUAUGGCUAUGUCUCCAUUCAAUCACAUGUUCUGAGAUCCAGAAUGGAAGAACUGACCUAGAGAUGGGUCACGGAAGGUAGCGAAUGCUG